GCAGCCUCUUGCUUCAUGCAGAAAGCUCAGAGCACCGCCAGGAAGCUGCAGGCGGCUGGCAGGAAAAAAACACGAAAGCAGCCUGGGGCUUUCGAGAAGCAGAUUCUGCAGCAGCUAAGCAUCCAGGACGGGACUAUGGGCAAGUCAGCUUCCAAGCAAUUUGCGGAAGAGGUCUUAAAAGCCCACAAUGACUACAGGAAGAAGCAUGGUGUUCCCUCACUGAAACUCUGCAAGAAGUUAAACAGGGAAGCACAACAGUAUUCAGAAGCACUUGCUAGCACCAGAAUCCUCAAACACAGUCCUGAAUCCAGUAGUGGGAAGUGUGGGGAAAACCUCGCAUGGGCUUCGUAUGAUCAGUCAGGGAGUGAAGUAGCUGAAAGAUGGUACAACGAAAUAAAAAGUUACAACUUUCAGAGUCCGGGGUUUUCCUCUGGGACAGGACACUUUACAGCCAUGGUUUGGAAGAACACCAAAAAGAUGGGAGUUGGAAAGGCGGCUGCCAGCGACGGCUCCACAUUUGUGGUGGCCCGAUAUGAGCCUGCUGGCAAUAUUGUAAACCCUGGUCACUACGAACAGAAUGUCCUCCCGCCAAGGAAAUAACAUUGCCAGGAGCCUGAGGGAAAGGACUGUUCAAGCGGCUAAUGAAAAGCAAAACGGAGGAUUGGAUUAGUUUGGAUAAGCAGGUUUAUAUUUGAAAAUGGUUUU